AUGUUAUAUUAUAAACCUAAACACUUAAAAUCGGUUGUUCCUUCAAUUUUUACAACUGAACCUCAAAGUGCAGCUGAUUCCAUUAUUUUAGAUUCUCGUAUAUUAAGUGAGGAAAAACUCAAUCUAAAUAACAAGUUUGCUUUACUUGAUCAAUUCAGCCAUCGAGCCUUUGAUGUCAAAGAAUAUAAUUUGACUCAAAGAGAAAUACCAAGCAGAAAGAAACAUUUUAUUUAGAAUAAUAAAUUGGAUGUUUGGGGUGAAACAACCUUGACUCUCUUUAGAAAUCAAUUCUUAUAUACAUCAAUAGAUAUUCAUGAGAAAUAUUCACCUGUAGUCUUAUUCAUAUAUGUAAAAAAAGGUGAUCCUAAUACUAAAAUGAGAUUGUUUUGUUCAGUCAGAUUUUAAUAACCCAACCGUUUCAAUGCAGAGAUCGAAACUUAUGGUCGAGUACUUAAAUAUCACUCAAGAGAUGGCACAACUUUUUAUGAUCCUACAUUAUAUGUUGCUAUCUUAGCACAUAAUGAUGUAGAAAUUAGUAUCAAAAAUGAAUUUGCCAAACCUCCAAUACCUAGAAAAAUCCCUUAAAUUAAAAAAAAAGAUGAACAAAAUUUAGAUUUUGAAGAAUUAACAGAAUAAAUAAUUCGAAAAAGAAAAUUAAAAUAGAAAUCAUUAGAUUUUAUUAAUCUUAAUAGAUCAUUGAUAAGAAAAUAAAAGAUUGAAUCUCCUUGCAAUACUGAAAGAUUAAAAGAAAUAAAAUUUAAAUAGACAACAAUAUAAAAAGAAUAAAACUUAAAACGUAUUGCUUAGAAUGCAUUACAUGAUGUUGCCAAAGAAAUUAAACAAAAAUAAAUGAAUAUUUAAAUCAAGUAAUCUGCUUUACUUAUAAAUAUAGAUAAAUGCAUAAAGAAUGGAUUUUUAAGAAAUGGAUUUAGGUUGUAAUUUUAAUCAAUUACAUAGUACCAUCAAUAAGUAAUUAUAUUAAAGUACAAAAACGCAUAUCAGAAAAAAAUAUGA